AGCACAAAACACAUUCAACCACACGAUCGAAUACAACAAACAUCUAAUACACUUUUCUUUCUAAAAUUUUCUUUUUUUCGAGUGAAACAAUCCUAGUGUCAAGAUGCACAUCCCAGAGGUGGACAUGUGGAAUGUGUCCCAGAGCAGCCGGAUACAUCGCCUGUCAAUCUUCAACAGCGACAAGCCCGGACUGAAAGUGAUCGACUAUGCGGCAGUGCGUGGAGUUGAUUCGUUCUACUUGGAUUGCCAGAACUACAGGGAUUACUUCAAAGACCCGUACAGCCGGGUCCACAAGCCCCAGAGGUUCACCUCGUAUGCGGGCAGGUGCGGCGUGAAGCUGGACACCGACGUUGAGCUCCUUACCAGGCCGAUCUCGUGGUGCAUCGAUCGCCAGCCCAUUGUCUAUCCCAUCGACUAUCAGUCUGAAAUGGCUCUGGGCAGGCGGGACUGCGAUCACAUAAAGGCAUUCUGUUCCCCAGCCGAGAGCCUGAGCUUCAAGCGAUAGGAUUGUCUGAGAGUUUCCAUUGUUGCUACCUCUGUACCUGUUUAAAUAGAGUUUUCAGCAGUGCAAGAUGAAAAGUUUUGUUUGAUUUUAGAAAAAUCUACUUUAAUAGUAGGUGAUUCUUUGAAUAAAAUUAAAGUAAUAAUAAAAAUCUAGGAGCUACUAUACCAAUA